ACUGGAGGGCACUUGGGUCGGGUCGCGGAAGGGUGUUGAAUGUGUCUGCGCAAGCGUUUAAGCCCCAUGGACAGCAACCGCGUGCCAGUCUCGUUUGCGACCGUUCAGAGCAUAAUGCUCUCCUCUCAUUAUUGACCGGAGGAGCUCCCGUUAUCAGCAACAGCAAACAGACGACUCACUUUUGGAUUUGAUCCAGCCUUUAUUCAUGCAGGUUAGUCUCGAUAAAAAUAGGUAGUAAAAAAAUAACAUUUACUCGACAUGACAGAGAUGUCCGUGGAAGGCAACCUACUCUACAUUUCAAGCGGAUUUACCUGAUCUCCUGCCCAGAACUUUCCUCAUCAGGGAUAUGCACAUCAAGCCGCUCUCCGAGGGCUGACUCCCUCUCCUCCUCUGUCCGCCGGCGUUGGAUCCUCCAGGGUCGGGUUGCUAGUUGGCACAAGUACAUUAUAAAUGUUUUGAAAUGGGGUGAAACCAGAAGGUACCUGAACUUAUCCAGGUCAUCUAUAUUUAACCAGGACAGUCCACUUAUCAACAACCGUGACUGUUUUCCGGGGAGCAGCCUAUUGUUGUUUUUCCGUUUAAAAAAGUUUUGCUGCCAACCCGUGUCCUCCUGACUGAAGCCGACUUAGGAGGGCAGACAGGCGGACUGGUCUCCAGGAGGAUGCCUGGGCAGGAUGUGUUCCAGCCGGAAAAUUCUGUGGAGCCUGCUGCUGCUGUCAGUGUUGGAGGUGGGGCUGGGGGUCUCCAGUAUCGUCCUGGGAGCCGUUGGGCUCAGCCGGGUCAGGGAGGAACACAAACCACAGCAAGGAGAUGCUUCACCUAUCUGGAGUGGCCUGUGUUUUCUCAUCUGUGGGAUGUGUGGAGUCCUGUGUGCUAGGAAGAGGACUGGACUCAUCAUGAUUCUGUUCUCAGCCUGCUGUAUCUGUGGUCUGAUUGGAGGGAUUCUCAACUUCCAGUUCGUUCGGGCGUUGGCACGACGACCGGACUCUCUCCGCUCGCUACACCUGGCAGCCAUGACCAUUGCCUGCCUGGGUAUCUCUUCCUGUACUCUCUCUACCUGGUUGACCUGUCGUCUGGCCAGCUCAGAACAACAGAGGAUGUUUCUGGAGAGAGAACACUCACUGCACCACUCACAUGAGAUGGCUGAGAAGGAACCAUACACACACGGAUCUUUUGUAAGAAACAAACACACGCUCGCAUGCAUGCGUGCUCACACAUUGCUACUGAUUUCUCCUAAUUUGUGUGUGUGUGUGCUUUCAUGUAUGCAUGAGUGUGUUUCUAACAGGAGAUUCUGGACAACUCCAGCAACGGGAUUCCUCAGAUCUCCUACAACAGCAACACCACCUCUCUUUGACAACAGACACACAUUGUUGCCCUGACAACAGACACACCUUGUUGCCCUGACAAUGGAUACACCUUGUUGCCCUGACAAUGGACACACCUUGUUGCCCUGAUAACAGACACACCUCGUUCUGCUGACCAUGGGGUGGUAUCAUCCAACAGAGCUGAGCAGCACUAUUACACAGUUGUGUGUGGAGAACUUCAGCACAGAAAUUAACGCUCUUCUUGGACAAGUUGUUACUAGUUCUGAUAGUCCCAACAAACAGUCACAUGACCUCAUGUGCAUGCAAUCAAUUUGUAAUCUCUCUCUAUCUCUCUCUCUCUGGCUAUAUGAAUGCAGGUAUACUGUGUUUGAAGGAAAAUGCUAUAGCUAUCUGAUGUAGAGCAGAAUAUGGAAUGCUUUAAAUAUUAUAUAUGCAACCAACGAUGCAAACUGAAUAUCAGUGGUGGCCAACCAUCCUCCUGGGUAGCUACUGGGUUUGCAGGCUUAUGCUCCAGCCCUGCUCUAACACACAUAAUUAAGUUAAUCAGGAUCCUGGAGACUGAACACCAAGCUCUCAAGGAGGUGGGUUGGCUAACCCUGCUGUAUAUUCAUGCUUGUAUAUCAGGAAAACAAACAUUAUCUAUGGAGUGACAAUAUGUUUCUUUAGGCUUCUAUAAAACACACAUAAAACUCUGUAAACGUUAGAUGGUGUUGUAGAUUUCAUAACCAGUUCCAGAGACAGACAGACACACACACACACACACACACACACACAUACACACACACACACACACACACACACACACACACACACACACACACACACACACACACACACACACACACACACACACACACACACACACGUCAGGCAUCCUUUCUGAUAUUGAAUUAGAGGAGACACACUUUCUGCUAAGGGGACUAUUGUCUGUGGGAGUACAAGAUAUUGAUCUCACACGCCAGUGUGUGUGCGUGCGUGCAUGCUAAUUGAGCAUUAAAUCAAA